AGUUCAUCUUCACACCCCAAAGUGAGCUAUUUGUCAAGAUGACAGCGCUUACACCUUUGAACCGUGCUGUACUUGGACUUGCGUGGAGCUGCUUGAGCUUUCUGUCCUGCGCUCAUUGCGGGUUAAGUGACAACCAUGUGCACUCCAGUUUUAUUUACAGGAGGUUGCGCAAUCACGAACGCAGGGAGAUCCAACGAGAGAUCCUCUCCAUCCUGGGCUUGCCUCACCGUCCGAGGCCCUUCUCUCCCGGGAAGCAGGCAUCCUCCGCCCCGCUGUUCAUGCUCGACCUGUACAACGCCAUGACCGUGGAGGAGGAGGAGGAGGAAGAGGAGGAGAGAGCGCAACAGCGGGGCGCAGGGAAGAGCUUCAGUGCCAAGGCUCAAGGGCACUCCAGGAAAGGUUACUACAGUCCCCAGCAUGCCGGGUACUCCCGUAUGGCUCAGCCUUACCGUGCGGCCCCUCUGUUAGGCCACAGCCCCGCUCUCACCACAGCGCACGACACCAACUUUCUCAAUGAUGCCGACAUGGUCAUGAGUUUUGUCAAUUUAGUGGAGAAAGAUAAAGAUUUUUCUCACCAGCGGAGACACUACAAGGAGUUCCGUUUUGAUCUGACUCAGAUCCCAGAUGGAGAGGCAGUGACUGCAGCAGAGUUUCGCAUCUAUAAGGAUCGCAGUCAUGCCCGCUAUGACAAUAUUACUCUGAAGGUUACCAUAUAUCAAGUCAUCAAGGAAUACCAAAACAAAGAUGCAGAGACAUUCUUGCUCGACUCCAAAAAGGUCCAGGCGUCUGAUGGUGGUUGGCUAGUGUUCGACAUCACGGCCACCAGUAACCACUGGGUGAUGAACCCACAGCAGAACUUGGGGCUUCAGCUCUGUGUGGAGACUAUAGAUGGACGAAGUAUCAACUUAAAAUCUGCUGGAAUCGUUGGGAGGAAUGGGCCCCAGUCCAAGCAGCCGUUCCUGGUUGCUUUCUUCAAGGCCAGUGGGGUGUUGCUUCGCUCUGUCAGGGCUGCUGGUGGGAAAAAAAAGAACCACAAUCGCAAUAAAUCUGCUAAUCAACAAGAAACAUCUCGCACACCAAAAAGUGGAGAUUAUAACACAAGUGAACAGAAGCAAGCCUGUAAGAAGCAUGAACUUUAUGUCAGCUUUCGAGAUUUGGGUUGGCAGGAUUGGAUCAUUGCACCUGAGGGCUAUGCUGCUUUUUACUGUGACGGUGAAUGCUCGUUUCCACUCAAUGCGCACAUGAACGCAACAAAUCAUGCAAUUGUGCAAACUCUGGUCCAUUUAAUGUUUCCUGAAAAUGUGCCAAAGCCAUGCUGUGCCCCAACCAAGCUGAACGCAAUAUCAGUACUUUACUUCGAUGACAGCUCAAACGUCAUCCUUAAGAAAUAUAGAAAUAUGGUAGUUCGGUCUUGUGGCUGCCAUUAG